CCGCCCCGCAGUCUGCCUUGAUGGGGAAGUGCCGCCGGCCUCGCACAGCCUUCACCAGCCAGCAGCUCCUGGCGCGGGAGAACCUUAAGUACCUGUCCAGACCCAAGCGCUUUGAGGUGGCCACAUCGCUGAUGCUCACUGAGACACAGGUGAAGAUCUGGUUCCAGAACCGCCGCAUGAAGUGGAAGCGGAGCCGCAAAGCCAAGGAGCAGGGGGGUCAGGCGGAGGCCGAGAAGCAACGAGGGCUCAGCAAAGCCUGCGAGAAGCUUCUGCCCAGCGAGCCCCGGGGACAAGCUACUGAAAGCCCAGAGUUCAUGGGGUGCAGCCCUGGCUCAGGCUUCCUGCACCACAGCACGGCCGAGAUGGGCUACGGCCCGGACUCCUCCUGCUCAGGGGGCGAGGAGGAAGAGGACGAGAUGGGUGCCACAGAAAGGAAGAUCAGCUCUGUGUUGUGA